AUGGGUCUAUUGAUGGAGCGUCUCUGCUUACAAGGAAUUCUGCUGCUCUUGUUGUACACAAGGGUGGUUUCGUCAGAGGAUGUUGUCGGGGUUUCCCCUCCAGACACCGAAGGUUCACUUCCUGCAAACGAGACCGACACAGUUAGAGACUGUUCAGCUGAGAUUUCUAUCAAGGAGAUGAUGGCGAAGUUGGAAGCCGUGGUAACACCUCGUGGUUUCUGCUCAAAUCAAGACGGCGUAGAGCCACCAAAACCUUGUAUUGACCUGACCAGUAGUCAGUCUGUAGUGACCCAACUGUGUGACAGGUUGUCAGCUCUGGAUACUAAAGUCAACGGACUGGCUGCCAAAGUGAACCUCCGGUCGGCGCCGAACCACAACAGCAACGACCACGACAAACCAUUCACACAGAUCGCUAAGCUCAAGGAGGAAAUCAAGCGGAUCAAAAGGUCGGCAGUAUUCUACGCCAUCCGCACAGACAAGAUCGGAAAUUUCACCGACCAGAGAAUCUCCAACUACAACGCGACGGUCAACAGUGGACCCUACUUCGAUCCAGCCAAUGGGAUCUUCCUAGCCCCGUUUGAAGGAAUCUACCAUUUUUCGCUGAGCUAUCAGAAGUCGCCAGAAGUGAACCUGGAAGCAAACCUUAUCGUCGACGAUUCGGUCAUCGCCUCUACCAGCGAAGAACAACGACAGAAAAUUGACCUGUUGACCUCGCUGAAACCAGGGCAGGAAGUGUGGACAGGCAUUACAAAUAACAACAGCCCCACAGAUUCCGAAGUCAGCAUCGUGUUUUCUGGAUAUUUUCUACAUUAA